CAGAGGGGCACCAAACUGGGAGAAGUACCACUGAAUGGAAAAAGGCUGAAGAUGAGUCCCUUCCUUGUCCUAUUCCUUUUGUGUGGGGUUGCUCUGGGGCUCAAAGAUGAGGAUACGCUGGAGAAAAAUGAAUCUGCUGUACCCAAGACAUUUCGGGGAAAGAAAGAAGGUGGGGAAUAUGAAGAGCUUUCCCAUAGCAUUCUGCAUGGCCUGCCAGACACCACGACCAAUAAUAAUCCUUUUCUAAGAAUCUCCAGCAAUAAUGCCUUUAAAGUCGCCAGCGAACACACCAUCACUAAAGUCAGCAAUUCAACCUUGGUGUACCUAAGUGGCAAAGUAAGCAGGGAACUGAUACCGGGCAUCUAUAUCAUUGUUGUGCUCAUUGGUGUGCCAGCCAAUGCCUUGGUACUAUGGAUGCUGUUCCAUCAGGUGACAUCUGUGUGCACCACUGUGCUCUACGCCAGCUUAGCCACCUCUGACUUGCUCUAUUGCCUCAUGCUGCCUUUUAAGAUAGCUUAUCACUUAAACGGCAACAACUGGAUUUUUGGAGAAACCAUGUGCCGGGCCAUGACCAUUUUCUUGUACUUUAACAUGUACUGCUCCAUUCUGCUCCUGAUGUGCUUUAGCAUCAACCGCUACAUUGCCAUUGUCCAUCCAUUUAUAUACAGGAGCUUGCCGAAAGGGACCUAUACGGUACUCGUGUGCCUACUUGUGUGUGCCAUUGUGCUUGUCUACAUGAUCCCAUUUUUCAUAACCAGGCAAACCUAUCACAUAAAGGAGCUGAAGAAUAUCAUUACCUGCCAUGAUGUAUACGACAUCUCCCAUAAUGCUUUUCAGUUCUAUUACUUCAUAUCAAUGGUGGUCUUUGGAUUUCUGAUCCCAUUUUCUGUCGUGGCUUUCUGUUACUUCUCCAUUAUCAGAGCACUUACCACUAAUGAGUGGAAAAGGUUCUGGUAUGUGAAAAUAACUGUCCUGUUCUUCAUCAUUUUUGCACUUUGCUUCACUCCGAGCAAUUUAAUCCUGCUCAUCCACCAAGUGCGUUAUCACCACACUCACAAUGACGACAUGUAUGGCAUUUACCUAAUGGCUCUGUGCUUAACCAGCUUAAAUAGCUGCUUGGAUCCCUUUCUCUACUUUCUCAUAUACAAAAAGGUGAAUACCUCAAAAAACUAUAAUACUAUACUGAAAGUCAACACUGAGACACAAGCAAAGCUUUUGCCUUCCUAAUAGCUGGACUCCCCAUCCCACAGAGCAGUUAAUGCUCUCCCCAGCUCUCCCACUCCACCUGCUGGCCAGAGUUGCAUUCAUGUGCAAAACUAGGAGUGGUAGAAUCAAACCAAAAAUACCCAACAAAGAACUAAAUGUAACGUAAAAAUGUAUUAUUGUUCAAAAGUACUAUAGUGAUGUAAAUCAUUUGUCUAUCUGUAUAUAUGUCAUUAUGGGUGUCAUGGUGGAAUGCUAUGGACUUUCUUUUAAGCACCCUCCAUUAAUGGCUGAUUCAGGUGGCUCAAUAAACAAUUGCUUGUGGGUGCAGCAUGCAAUGGGAACCCUGUAUUUAAUGCCCACCCUGGGUUUCUAUGUGACUAUAGGGCUUGCUAUAUGCCUUGCCCCUAAGUCAAAAUGAAUAGGCACAAAGCGUCAGUUGUGCGAGGCACAGCUAUGUUAAUUCUACCUGAUUUAUGUAAGCAAUUCUAACGUGCAGAUUUGCAUCAUUUUUGCACCCACCAUACAUGCAGCCAAUUGUGUUUAAUACUGAUAAUAUAAAUCCUAUGUUGCCUGUUAAUGUUAUGCCAGCUAGCAAUGGGGCUGACAAGGGAUGCUGGCUGUUACAGUUUCACAAUGGCUGUGUGAAUGUUAGCUAUAUUGUAAAUAAUCAAGAAUGCAUGUUUGCACUAAACCUGUCUUGCCCAGUAUAACUACACUCACAUUAAAUACGUAUGUAUAUAAAUAAAGUUUUAUUUUUCCUUGUAUCACCGUGAUAUAUUAGGGAAUAACACAGAACAUCCCUUUUCUGUAGUGGAAGCUGCCAGCUCAUACAAGGCCUCUGAGUGUAUCAGUACCUAUAGUACACAUGGGCAGCCAUUCAAUCCCACUGUAAUAUAAGGAUAUUUGAUAACACAAAGGAGUUACAUGACUGUAUAAAUGUAUCAAUUGCUUUAAACAGGUCGUUUAACCCCAAGCUAAAGUAAAUACUACGUGUAAUUUAUGUGAUGACAUUACAACAUUUGUUACAGUUUAUUCGUGGAUCCUCUAUUAUAUUAAUGUAUAUGAAUAGCACAAAAUUUUUGUCUGUGUUGUGUAGCAGCAUUUGUUACCUCUUAUAUUUCAAUUUUUCAAUAAAAAAUGUGUUUAUUUUUUUUAAACUUG